CAGAACUCAAAACGCCAAACGUCCCAAAAAGAACUCGUGCGACUUUGUUUUUUUCGAUUUUUUUCGUUCGGGCUUUUUUCAAGAGUUUGUCGUCAUGCCACGUUGGUCGAUUCCAGUGCGCGCGGCCGCAACUGCCGUCGGGGAAGCAGCGGCGGUCAAGGCAGCAUCUGCUGCAGCGACGCCAGCAUCGAGCGAGGCAAGCGCGACCGUCGGCACCAGGGCAAAGCGCAGGGCAAGCGUCGAUGCUUCACCCUCCCACCAACCCAAGCACGCGAGACAAGAGUCCGACGCGGACGGUGACACGGAUCAAAAUCCCUCGCCUCCAUCGUCCAACCCGUUGCUCCAGCUGGGCUCGUUGCUGCACGCACCUCCAUACGUGACCAAACCCAAGAUGGUGGACGAACGGCGCAUCCGACGAAUUUUGCCAACUGGAGCGGACGCUUCAGCACCUCCCAUGCCGAUUCCGAGCGGACACGAUGGAGUGUUGUACUGGAUGAGUCGCGAUCAGCGCGUGCAAGACAACUGGGCGCUGAUCUACGCGCAGCAACUCGCCAUUCAGCACCGAGUUCCAUUGUUUGUCGGAUUCUGUCUUGUCCCACACUUUCUGGAUGCUACAAUUCGACAAUACGAUUUUAUGAUGGAAGGAUUGCGUGAGGUUGAAACUGCGCUGCGUGGCUUGAACAUUUCCUUUCACCUCUUUACGGGAACCGCGGCAGAGCACCUGCCAGGCUUUGUCGAAUCAAAGCGACUUGGCGCUGUGGUGACGGAUUUCUCGCCCGUGCGAGUCAUCCAACGCUGGACCACCGAGCUGGCGAAUAGCUUGGCCCAAACGACAAUCGCGACCACCGGUGCCACCCAGUCACAUACUGGAAUUCCGCUCAUCCAGCUCGAUGCUCACAACGUCGUCCCUUGCUGGCACGCUUCGCCCAAGCUCGAGUACGCAGCAAGGACAAUCCGCCCCAAGCUCCACAAACUGUUGAGUGAGUUUCUCACCGAGUUUCCAGAGGUUGCAGCUCACCCCUGUUCGGCUCGCCAAUCACCGUCAUCGCCACAGUCUGCUCGCGCCAGUUCCGCUGCUUCCAGCAACGCCCACUUCCAAUCGGGCCUGUCUGCGCCGGUUGAUUGGGACGCGGCGCGUGCGUCGCUCCAAGUGAACCGGACCAUUACCGCUGUGCCCGACAUUGUCCCUGGCACGCGGGCUGGCAUGACUACGCUGCGCACGUUUGUGGAGCAGCGAAUGCGGUACUUUGGCGCAGUCCGCAACGACCCAAACGAGCGCGUGCUGUCCAACCUGUCGCCCUACUUUCACUUUGGUCAGAUUGCGCCGCAGCGCGCCAUUCUCGUUGCGUAUGCAGCCCAUGCUCGAUGUCGUGAGUCGGUUGAUGUGUUUGUCGAGGAAGCGCUCGUCCGUCGCGAGCUGUCGGACAACUUUUGCUUUUACAACCCCAACUACGACUCGAUCGCAGGCGCUUCGGCUUGGGCGCAAGAAACGCUGCAAGCACACGCUGGAGAUGCCCGUGAGUUUGUCUACACUGAAGAGGAGCUCGAGUCGGCCACGACGCACGACUUGCUCUGGAAUGCGGCGCAGCUCGAGAUGGUGCGCGAGGGCAAAAUGCACGGUUUCAUGCGCAUGUACUGGGCCAAGAAAAUCCUCGAGUGGACUGCGAGUCCGAGCGAGGCCCUCCGCAUUGCCAUUCAUCUAAACGACAAGUACAAUCUGGAUGGCCGGGAUCCCAACGGCUAUGUCGGUUGCAUGUGGUCCAUCUGCGGCAUCCACGACCAGGGCUGGGGAGAGCGUCCCAUCUUUGGCAAGAUUCGAUUCAUGAACCUGAAAGGAUGCCAGCGCAAGUUUGACGUGGCAAAGUACACUGCAAGAUUUCCGUCGACGCCAUCGUCCCAGCAGGCUGCCAAACGGCGCGGAGCUGCGGCUGGAGGCAUCGAUCGCGGCUCGAAUUAUGCACGAGCGACGACGACCACCUCCAACCGCAGCACGUCGUGAGCGAAACCGGCCCACAUGUUUGUCCUUCGACUUUUUGUGUUUUUUGUGUUUUUCCGGUUUUUUUGGCUCUCCUGAUUAAAAGGCCAACUUUCCCGAGUUGGCAAAAACCACCAAACCCC